UUCCAGUCAUCCAAGGACAGGUCAAACCAACUCUAUACCUUCGACCAUACCACAGUUUUCUGGCGCACAAAUUUGGCACCUUACUUGAGACGGAAAUGACUUCUUCUGGGGGCUCUACUUCUCUAUCUGGUUUGAUCACUGCUGUAGAUGAUCCUGAACCUAGCAGGCGGAAACAGAUUCUUUUGAGUUUCCUUGAUACACUACAUGAAUUGUCCAGGGAGGAGGAAGUUGACGACUAGUUCAACAGGCAGCGUGCUCCUUCCCUUGAUGACAAGGACGUUCCUAUUGCCGACCAAGAAUUGCAAACUUCCGGAGCCAUAUCUUUCAAUAGAUUUCAUAAACGGAUACUGUCUCUGGACAGAGAGCUUCGAGAUUUUCGAAACGCCAGAGUGGGUACUGUUCUGGCUCAAACGAUCGCAUUUGGUGUUUCUGGUCUUGGCUAUUGCUUGUUUCUCUGUGGGACUUGUUUUGUUCGUUAUUCUUCUGGUCAGCAUCAUAUAACGUCAAUUAUCACUACAAUCACCUCAGCCUUCAGUUGUCUGGGACUUGCAUCUGUCUUUGCCUGGUUCUUCUCGAUACGCUGGGUUUUUGAUCGCCAUGAUGGUGCAAAGUGGCUGGCAGACUCAAUCUGUGAAGCUAAAGUCCAGUUAUAUUCCGCGACGGGAAUAAUUUGGCUGGCUCGAA